CGUGUUUUUGUUUUGUAAAAUGAUAUUAUGCCAGUGUUUUAAACUAGAAAUACUAUGUAUUAAAUAAUAUCAAGAUUUUUAUCUAUUAUUACCAUAUUUGUUGUUGUUUUUCUUCUUUUUUUUCCUUCUCUCAACUAGAAAAUAAAUUUCGCUUUCAUUUAACAAAGUUUUUUUUAAUGUGAUUCAUGUUAAAUCAACUGAAUUUCCAACAAAUUGGCACACGUAUAUAACUGUAGCUUGAAAAGUGUAUCGAAUUAACACAAAAAAAAGUACAAAAACUAAAAAAAAAAAAAAACAAACAAUAUUUAAUUUAAACGUUUAAAAUUUGUGCAGAAUAUUAACAGAAAAACCUACCAAAAAUCAACAACUGUAAUAAGCAAUAAACCAAUAUGAAUUUCAUUGUGAUUGGCAUGUUAAUAAUGCAGGCUGCAAGAUUGGCUUGCGGGACAUGUGUUUUAGAAUCCGAUUUUGGUUUUAUACUCAAUUGUAACUUCAAAAAAUCUGGACUAUUUCGUGUCAGAAAUUUGGGAGGCCUUAAAGCGCACUUUGGUUUAGGUUUUAGUUUGGGUGAUGAAUUGGGUUUUGCCGAGUCACUGGGAAAUGUGGAAGGUGGUCGCAGACGUUCGAUUGGCUAUAAAAAUGGUCCACCACCAAGUGCUGUUGGUGUACUGCCAGGAAAUCAACAGAUCAAUCAACAAUCCCUAAAUGAUAAACGCAUAAUUUCCAGAUCACCCAUGGCCAUAAGUCCUGAACUCAGAGAAUCUCUGACAAAACAAGCCAAGGCGGCAGCCGCUGCCGAUAUGUUGUCAAAACAAUCGGUUUCCAAUCAAAUAGCUGCAAAACAAGCCGCUAUGGUAGAUUUGGCUGCUCGACAAGCAGCGCUUGCUGAAAUACAACAACAAAGAGCCAGACAAGGUCCCCUAAUGACAGAAGCCCGCCCUCUACCAUUGGGUGUACCAGCCUUUAGACCCAUUCCCCAAAAGCAAAUACCCCUGCAAACGGCUCAAAGAAGAUCAAAUAUUGCUGUGGACACGUCCAACUCAAAAAUGAGCAUAAACAAUAGAAUAGUGGAUUUGUACACACAACAACUCAAUGCAAAUCGUACUUUCCAUGCCCACAAUCCCAUGGUAUCACAGCCCAUGGCCGUGCCAGCCUUCCAAGCUAUGCCUGAUUCGGUAAAUAAAAUUACAGCUGUAUUAAAACCUCCCGCAGCUGCCCCGGUGCAACAAUUGAGUUUACCCUCGAAUAAUCAUCCCAAUUAUUUACAAUUUGAAGAGCCUAAAUUUGAUUUGAAAGACAUAUCGGUGGAUGAAUUGGCUAGAGCGGCAAAUGUUAGUGUGGACACCAUAAAACAUGCAAUCUAUGUGAGAGAACAACAAAUGAGAGCGGAACACAGAGCCAUGUUGGCGGCCAAAUUGAGAGAGGAAUUUAUAAGGACCUCGACAUCAACAAGUUCUACGACUUCAACAACUACCACCACAACGACGACCACAACUCCCAGACCAGUUUUGCAAUAUUUCGAGACUACAAAUGCGGUCAGUGAGAAUAAGAUGUCGAAGGUAAUGAAUGCACCCAAAGAAUACUAUCCAGUGGGUUAUGAUAAAAACUUUGAUGACAACUUUAAAUCGAAAGUGGAUUUGCCACCUACAACAUUUGCUUGUGCCAAACAAAAACAUUUUCCCGGACUUUAUGCCGACACAGAUUUGGGUUGCAUGGUCUUCCAUGUGUGUGCUCUUACCGAUGAUGGCAUGGUGCGUAAAUCCUUCCUCUGCCCCGAAAAUACUCUGUUUGAUCAGACUAUUUUGAAGUGUAACUGGUGGUUUUAUGUUGACUGUUCCUCUUCCAAAAGUGUUUACGAUUCCAAUAUACCCAUCUCCAAAAGUUAUCAGCUAAUGAAAUCUCUAACAUAUUUCUCCAAAUUCACCAAAACUAAAGAUGGCGAAGAAAACAAUGAUGGUGGUUUAGAUAUACAAAAUCUUAAAGAUUCCAUGGAUGAUAUGGAACGUAAAUCCAGUAAUGUGGUAGAGGAAAAAGCAGAAGAUGAAACAUUAAAGUCCUUAAGCGAAGACGAGCAUCAACAGUUGAAUGAGUCAUAAGUUUUAGUUUAAUUAAAUUUAGUUUUUAGCUUACAAUUUAAGUGUGUAUGUCUCUCUUUUGUGUCAAAAACAAAGAAAAACGAAUCAAAUUUCAUUAUAGUCAUUUGUUUUUAGUAUCAUUUUUUUAUAAUUUUUAAACAGAACUUUCGCUAGUGCGAAAAAUUCAUUUUUGUUUUUGAAAUGUUUUUAGCCCAGAGAUUCCUAAGUGUUUUGUGUUUAAGGUCGUUUUUAUGUUCUUAGUUAAAUGUUUUUAUGUGUACAAUUUCGUUCAUUAUUAAGAAUUUUUCUUACUUUAAAUAUUAAGCAGAUGAUCGUUAAUUUUGUUUGUGGAUAUUUUUAAAUUAUUUAUUAUACAAUCAUUAUAUUUUUUUUUGUAACUAAAAAAGAAAUAUAUCAAUAUAAAAAGAAAUAAAAUAGUAA